AUGGCCAGUCCUAUCAAAGCAGAGAGUCGACCUAUCCCGGCUUUCUACUGCUGCUAUCUGCUUCGCUCCAAGAACCGCAAGGCCUUUUACAUUGGCAGCACGCCUAAUCCGGCACGUCGCCUGGGCCAGCACAAUGGAUCUACCAAGGGCGGCGCAAAGCGAACCUCAAUGCAAGGCAAGCGGCCAUGGGAGAUGACUUGCAUCGUCACAGGGUUCCCUUCCAAGUCGGCCGCCCUGCAGUUCGAGUGGGCGUGGCAAAACACGCACGCGACUCGCCACAUCGAGCGAGAUGUACGCGACGCAAGACGAGACGAGUUGUACAAGGGCAAAAAGAAUGCGUCGCCCGCCAAGAGACCCCGGCCACCAAUGUCGCUCGAGGCACGAUUGAAAAAUCUGCAUCAUCUGUUGGGGGUUGGGAGUUUCAGCCGAUGGCCCCUACACAUUCGCUUCUUUGCCCCCGACGUCUUCGCGCAGUGGGAAAGACACAUUUCCAAGAUGAAGACAAAGCUGCCAACUUACAUCACAGUUAGACUAACACCAGCUGAACUUCCAAAGCUCGCAUCAGACGUACAAAAUGAAAUGCGCACACAUUUCAUACCAGAUGUCAUACGAGCAAUUCCAGUUGCAUACGAAGACUGCAAGUCGUACGUUGAAAAAUCUAGAAGCAUGCUUGCAGACGAUCAAAAGAGAGCUUGCGCUGUUUGCAAGAACAACUUAAAUCCAGAAGAGUCGCUGGUGCUAAUCUGUCCUAUGGAGGCCUGCCGUUCCGUGUCACAUGUGGCGUGUUUAUCGCAAAAGUUCCUUGCAGAGGAAGGUAAUAAAGACGCAUUCAUUCCGAUUGAGGGAAGGUGCCCAAGUUGCCAUACCGUUCUCAGGUGGUCUGAUAUGAUGAAAGAAUUGAGCCUAAGGGUGCAUGGCCAGGAGGAGAUCAAAGCCAUGUUCAAGACAAAGCGGGCAAAGAAAGCAGAGGGUAGCGCCGUAGAAGAGGUCGACGAAUUUCCUGACAUUGACGACCUGGAUGCUGAUUUGGACGAAGAUCUCGAUGAGACGUGGGUCGAGAACGUGAACGAGGAUGACGACAAGAUUCCAGUGUCAAACAAUGGAUGA